GGCUUGACGAAUGUUGCGUCACUGCGUCUUUAAAGUCGAGCAGAUCCAGGCCACUAACAAGAUGGAGCAUUUCAGAGCCUAAACAGUGGACCAAAACCAGGACCUAAGACCCGGACUAAACCCGGGACCUAACCCAGAACCUAACCCAGACUAAACCCGGACUCAACCCGGGACCUAACCCUCAGUGGAACCUGGAAAGUCCCGGGACGGGGACCGGAUUAUUGUCCGAUUGUCGGGACAUCCAGACGGGCGUAAAGACGCGUCAGUAACCGGGUCUGCACUUCAAAAAUGGCCGACGCAGAGGUCUCCCUGUCCCCGGCUCUGAUACCCCUUGAUCUAAGCCCCUCCCACUCUGCCCUGCCCCCUCCACCAACCUCCUCUUCCUCACCCACCACAUUCUCCUGCCCUUCUUCCCCCUCAAGCGCCUCCUCUUCUUCCUCUUCUUCUUCCUCUUCUUCUUGUUCUGAGAGCUCCUCUGACUGCCCAGCCCACCACCAUCAUCAUCAUCAUCAUCAUCACCACCCUCGCCCCCAACUGCAGCUGCCGCCGCCGCCCCAGAGCGAGCUGCCAUCCUCCCCAAGCGCCAGCCCCCGCAGCUCCAGUCCGAGUGGUAGCAUCGGCAGUACUGGCAGCCUCGGGAGCAGCAGCAGCGCCAGCGAGGGCAUCGGCAGUGGCAUUUCAAGCGGAGGCGACCCGAGAGGCCCCAGCCCCCCGCUGGACGUCAUCUCAGAGGACGCCAUGGAGAUGGACCUCGGGGCUGACCAAGUGAUCGACCCGGAAGUCGCUCUGAAGGCUUGUCAGGAAGUCCUUCUCAAGGUCAAGCUGCAGAACAGGGAAGCGCCUGAAGAGCAACAAUCGAACGACAAACAACCAGGCGAUCAGCCGCAACAACAGAACUGUGAGUGUUCCAGUCCACAGUGGCUGCUCAGCCCAGACACCAGCUCGAUCAAAGAGGAAGAAGAGGAGGAGGAGGAGACUGGGAAGGAUGCAGAAAAGCAAAGCUUGACUCGCUCAGAGUCGACUCUGCUUCCGACAGCAGCUUCAUCGUCUUCAUCUAAACAGUCAUGGCUGCUGCGCCUGUUUGAGUCCAAGCUGUUCGACGUCUCCAUGGCGAUCUCUUACCUCUACAAGUCAAAGGAGCCAGGUGUCCAGGCGUACAUCGGGAAUCGUCUCUUCAGCUUCCCUGACAACGAGGUGGACUUCUAUCUGCCACAGCUGCUCAACAUGUAUGUGCACAUGGACACUGAGGUGGGAGACGCCAUCAGACCUUACCUAAUCCAUCGCUGCACAGGAAGUAUAACUUUCUCCCUGCUCACCGCCUGGCUGUUGGGCGCUUACUCCAACGACAUGCACAUCUCCACGCAGCGUCACUCCAGAGGCACCAAACUCAGAAAACUCAUCCUGUCUGAUGACCUCAAACCUUCACCUGAGGCUCCUCCCUCUGUGUCAGACAGCCCCGUGUCCUCGCCGUCACACCGCCGCUGUCACCGGAGACACAACAGCAGCAACGUUGACCCAUCCCCGUCUUUCUCCACGACCGGCGCCGUCCCUGAGAGCCCAGAACCCGGGGGCGUGUUUGUGUCCCCAUCCAGGAGGACCCACCAGAGAUCCAAGUCAGACGCCACCACGGCGAGCAGCGGGCCGGGAUCAGGCCUCCGACGGACGGGGAGUAACCCGAAAGUGGAAUGUGUCCACGAGGAGGUAAACACUUUCAGUUCAUGUAUCAGGAAGGUAUCCCAUCAGGCUUAGCUGUUAGCUGU